AUGUUCUACAAGAACAUUCUUCUAGUCGUAUCUGCGACUCUUGUUACCUUCUCACAAGCAUUACCAGCACCGGCAGACUCAAGUCCGUCAGAUCUAGAAUCCAAAUAUGCUAAAUUGAGAGCGGAGAAUCCGUUCCCUGCGAAAGAGCCAUACAUCCACGUCGACGGUGGGGAGGCCUCCAGUUCUGCCGUUGAGGCCCGUGGGUUCUUCGAUUCCAUCUUUUCUUUCUUCGGAGGGGGUCCGAAGGACGAAGAUCAUGAUGCUGGAAACCCAUCAUGCGGCAACGAUGUCGAAUGUCAGACCAAUGAAGCAAUUUUCUCGACCGAUAUGAAGGGCUUCAUCGAAGAUCAUCGGAACAAGGGUUUAAACUCUCCUCCUUUGAUCUACGACGCAGAUGGUUGCUCAGUCCCUGCAAAAGUUGCCGACUUUUUCAAGAUCGAUAAGGACUUCCCAUACGGAUACGAAUUCUUAUAUUCUUGUUAUCGCCAUGAUUUCGGAUAUAGGAAUUAUAAGCAACAGAAUCGCUUUACUGAACCGAACCGAAAGCUUCUCGACGAUAAUUUCGAAAAAGAUUUGAUGGACCAGUGUAAAUCACAGUUCCCAAAGGCGGAUGUCUUUCAUUUGAAACAGCUUUUCGAAAGGAAGUGGUGUAAAACUGUUGCAAAGGUUUAUUACGAGUUUGUGAGACUUUGCGGCGGUGGCGGCUGUAAGGUCGAGACUGUGAAGAAUAUGUUCAAGGGAAUUGAACACUGA